AUGUCGAUGGACGACGUGAAAGACCUCAAGAAGCAGAUGCUUGGAACGCCGAUCCGGCCAGCCAAGAAAAAGCCAGCUGCCCAAGCGGCUCGGGGCGGAGAUGCUGAUGUGCAUGAAAUCAAAGCAGAGCCCGUCAGACCACGGAAGGUGGUGACCCGACCUGCCUUCAAACGGCCUUGCGAGGGGGAGGACUUGCUCGCCAGGGCAGUUGUGAAGGAUUUCGAUGAGGCCCGAAUCUCUCCGGACGAGAUGGGCAUCGACAGUGGUUUCUUGAGUCGUCGCGGCCUGCCCUGUGACAGCCCUGUUCGCCCGGAGCUUCGUCCGAAGUACGAGUUCGUCAUUGCCACAGAUGGGGGCUGCGAUGGUGCCAGCAAAUUUUCGCACGCAUUUCGCGAUGCCAAGCCAUUGCAAAACUGGGGUCACGAGAGACACUGUGACUUGUGCAACCAAAAAUGCAAAAACAAUCUGUUUUUGCUGCGCUGCUUCGAUCGAACUUCCAGGCCGUUCCGUUUGCACAAGGCAUUGAUCUACGCUGGGCCGGAGUGCAGCAAAGCUUUGCUUCGAGAAAAGCGGAGGUCGUAUGCGAAGGACAUGCGUGACUUGCAGCAAAAGUUGCGGAGCAUCCUCACCAGGGAGACUUGGAGAGAGGAAAUGCAGUCCAUCAUCGACGCCGGCAAGUAUUUGAACUUCGUGUUAAAGGCGCUGCAAGCAGUCUUGGGCAUGGAUAGGCGUGACAAGCUGGCCGGUCGACAAGAUGCGGGAGGACGUGAUCCAUUCUGUCGAAGAUCAGAUCCGGUGCUGACCCGUGCGACGAAGCCGUUGGCAUUCCGUGCUCUGGAGUCUCGGUUGAAGCCACAAGACCUGAAAGUGCAGCGUUCCGGCUCUAUGUGGACAGCCUUCGCGCGAGCUUUGAGGCAGGGGGCAAAGCUUACCCAGUUGGCUACGCGGAUCCGGGCACUUUGCAGCCCAGCUGCAGCAGAAGCAGAUGAAGAGCAAAGGCUGAAGGACUUCCUGGCCAAGAUCUCUUGCAACGCCCGGGUGUGGGAUGCCGAUGAAGCCAAAGACCGUUGCUUGUCGAACUGCACAUCUCCGAUCGCCACUUUGCAGUUGUGCUGCAUCUACGGCCAGUUCCACGGGGCCGGGGUGGGAUUGAGUGCAGAGGAGCUGACCGCGGUCAAGAGCAAGGUCCCCGAGAUCUUUGAAGAGGUUGUGAGGUCUCCUGAGUCCGAUGUCCCGGCCCAGGUGCUUCCGGUUGAGCCCGAGUCAGAUGCUGCGCACUCCGUGCACAGCAGUGACUCCGAGGAGCCGAGGCCUCCGAAGCCUGUGCGGGACCUCCCCGCACCCCCCCCCGAGGAGCUGGGCACCCCUGUUUCUGAGCUGAAGCGUCGUGCUGAUGUGGCGGCUGCUCUUUUGGGGGAGGCCGUGCAGGCAAGUGCACCCCGGCUUGAACCCGCCAGAGCCCAAGCGAGAGCCGAGGCAUCUGACGCACCGAGACAUGCUCUUGGCCCCCGUGCUCCCCAAUUGGAAAGAACUAGAACUAGGGCCGAGUCAGCCGCCACAACCGAAGGUCCAAGCUCAGCGCCCAGCACAGCUCGAGCAGCUGCAAGACGGACCUUGCUGAUUGCACCUGCCCCAGCUCUUACAGUUGCACCAUCCAGACAUGCACUCGGCCCCUCCGGCUCUCCCAGCCCUCAGCUGCAAAGGGCAAGGGGAGAGGCAAGCGCAAGAACCGAAGGUCCAAGCUCAGCGGCCCCCGCAGCUCGAGCAGCUGCAAAACGGAGCUUUUCAAGUGCUGUGGGUCAUGCGCGCCAAGGGAGCUCGGUUGACAGGGUCUUACUUGGUUACCGGGACCGCAACAAGAGGAGAGCCAUGGAGGACACUGUCGACAUCCCGACUUGCCAUCGCGGCCGCUUGCUGGGCACAAAGGGCUCAAACGUGAAAGAGCUCGAGGCCAGGUAUGGCGUGACCAUCACCACGCCACAGGUUUACGACACUGACCCUUGGUCCAGGACGACCGUAACCGUCCGAGGCCUUGAGGAAGACGUCGAUGCAGUUGUGGCUCUCAUCCGACGGCUCCAUCAUCAGGAGAGUGUGAUCUUUCCUUCGGUUAAAAGCUUCGAGGAUGAUGUUGGAAGCACGCGCUUGAACGACCUGGCAAGGAGGCAUGCUGUAAUGACGAGAUGGUACCCUGACAAGCUCCAAGUAGUGAUUGUUGGCGAGCUCGUUGCUGCGCGACGUGUGGCACAGCAGCUGCAUAUCAAGCAUGAUAGCAUUCACAUCUCGCCGGAGCUCAUGGAUGAUUACGAUCGCGAUCUGCUUCCCAAGCUUAGGGGUCUCCCAGGAAUCAAGGAGUCCACGUAUUCGAGAAAAGAUGGUGUCAUCCGCUUUAUGGGGCAGGCCGAGGCUGUGGAUGCUGCACUUCAGAGAGUGAUCGACUGGGCACGAGAUCGUGAACCGCCGGCAAAAGACAGAGAUUUGGGGGAAAUCCUUCAGUCCUUUGCUCCUCACGAGCGUGGUGCCAUCGGUGAGAUGUGGGACGAUCUUUGA